GAGGCGCGUGACAUCAGCAGCCGUCGUGAGGGGAUUGGAAUGCUACAAUGUAACAAUCGCAACUGGACGCUUCAGAUUAAAGCGCUGGAAUGUAACAUUGUAUCAUCGGCGUCGCGAAAGCGUUCUGAAUGUAACAAUGAAUAGAAACGCGUGUCUGUGAUGUUCUCGCGACCCACUUCAAACCAACAUCUGCGCGAUUGAAAAGGAUGAUUUAUCAUGUGAGAAUUCACGGAUUUGUGGGGAUUUAUCCGCUCGGGAAGUUUUUGACAGGGUCUUUCUGACCCACACACAUCACGUGGGAAAUUUCUCAGAUUUCUGGAUUUCAAGAGCACUUCUCCGAAAGUACUUUCUGAUGCUUCCCAUUGAUCCAGAGCAGCUCAGAUGGUCAUCAGACAGUAGUUUAGAUGCUGUCUAAUGUGAUCCAGGCACCGGAGAGGAGAGAGGUAGAUCCACAAAAAGGGGUUUAGUUUAAGUCGCCCACAUGCUCUGGAUUUGGGAUUGGAAUCAUAAGGUGGAAGUCGAGAGCAUCAAAUCCCUGCAGGUCUGUGGAAGAUGCUGUCCAGCAGGAGUUGAGACCUUCGGAUUCAUCAGCGAGCCGCUCCAUCUGGAUCUAAGGACACAUGCAGGCCAAAAAACGCUAUUUAAUUCUGUCCUCUGCGGGUGUGUGUCUCAUUCUCCUCUUUUACCUGCAGGGACCAGCUUCCAGAAGGAGUCCGAACCGAGGCGAUGACCCCCAUCCACACUGGCCCCCCUUCUCUGACCCUCUACGAGCUUUUAUUCCCUGGCAUCAGACCCAAACCGAGGACUACAAUGUCCGCACUUCUCCGAGACACAAAAGAGAUGACAACUCCGGAGCUUACAAGUGCAGAAUGGACUCGUGCUUCGACUUCUCCUUGUGCAAGAAGAACGGCUUCAAAGUCUACGUCUACCCUCAGCAGAAAGGUGAGAAGAUCUCAGAAAGCUACCAAAACAUCUUGUCCUCCAUCGAGGGCUCCAGGUUCUACACUUCGGACCCGGGACAGGCUUGCGUCUUCGUCCUGAACCUUGACACCCUGGACCGAGACCAGCUGUCGCCUCAGUACGUCCACAACCUCAAAACCAAGAUCCAGAACCUGAACCUGUGGAAUAACGGCCGCAACCACCUGAUCUUUAACCUGUACUCGGGCACAUGGCCGGAUUACACAGAGGAUCUGGGGUUUGAUAUCGGUCAGGCCAUGUUGGCCAAAGCCAGCAUCAGCACAGAGAACUUCAGACCCCAAUUUGACAUCUCCAUCCCCUUGUUCUCCAAAGAUCAUCCUCGGACCGGAGGAGAGAGGGGGUAUUUGAAAUACAACACCAUCCCCCCGUUUAGGAAAUAUAUGCUGGUUUUUAAAGGCAAACGCUAUCUGACUGGGAUUGGAUCGGACACCAGGAAUGCGCUUUAUCACAUCCAUAAUGCUGAAGAUGUGGUUCUCCUCACCACCUGCAAACAUGGCAAAGACUGGCAGAAACAUAAAGAUGCUCGCUGCGACAAGGACAACGCCGAAUAUGACAGGUACGACUAUAAAGAAAUGCUGCAUAACUCCACAUUUUGUCUCGUGCCUAGAGGACGCCGCCUGGGCUCUUUCCGUUUCCUGGAGGCUCUGCAGGCCGCUUGUGUACCCGUCAUGCUCAGUAACGGCUGGGAGCUUCCCUUCUCGGAGAUCAUCGACUGGCGUACGGCUGCUGUCAUUGGGGACGAGAGACUUCUUCUACAGAUCCCAUCAACGGUUCGCUCCAUCCAUCAAGAUCGCAUCCUGUCUCUCCGCCAGCAGACGCAGUUCUUGUGGGAAGCGUACUUCUCUUCUGUGGAGAAAAUUGUGCUCACUACAUUGGAGAUCAUCCAGGACCGUGUAUUGCAGCACAACGGCCGCAGUACACUGAUGUGGAACCAGCUGCCAGGAGGGCUCUUCACCCUGCCACAAUACUCCUCCUAUCUGGGCGACUUCCCCUUCUUCUACGCCGUACUCGGUAUUAAACCACAACAGAAAUUCACAGCCGUCAUUCACGCAGUCACGCCUCUCGUAUCUCAGUCUCAACCGGUUUUCAAGUUGCUAGUGGCUGUGGCCAAAUCACAGUACUGUGCCCAGAUCAUUGUCCUGUGGAACUGUGACAAGCCUCUUCCCGCGAAGCACCGCUGGCCCGCCACCUCUGUUCCAGUCAUCGUAAUUGAGGGCGAGAGCAAGGUGAUGAGCAGCCGAUUCCUGCCCUAUGACACCAUGAGAACAGAUGCAGUGUUGAGUCUGGAUGAAGACACUGUGCUCUCGACCACAGAGGUGGAUUUUGCCUUUACUGUUUGGCAAAGUUUCCCAGAGAGGAUUGUGGGAUACCCUGCGCGGAGCCAUUUCUGGGACUCUAACAAGGAGCGUUGGGGCUACACCUCCAAGUGGACCAAUGACUACUCCAUGGUGCUGACCGGAGCUGCUUUCUACCACAGGUAUUAUAACUACUUGUACACACACUACCUGCCCGGCAGCUUGAAGACUAUGGUUGACCAGCUCUCAAACUGUGAAGACAUCCUCAUGAACUUCCUGGUGUCUGCUGUCACUAAGAUGCCGCCUAUCAAGGUCACUCAAAAGAAACAGUACAAGGAGACGAUGAUGGGACAGACAUCCCGGGCGUCUCGUUGGGCAGACCCUGACCACUUUGCCCAGCGGCAGACGUGCAUGAACAAAUUUGCCAGCUGGUUUGGCACGAUGCCCCUGGUCCAUUCGCAGAUGAGACUGGACCCCGUUCUGUUCAAGGACCAGGUAUCGAUACUGCGCAAGAAGUACAGAGACAUCGAGAGACUCUGACAAAGCUGAGAAACACCUUCCCUGUGAACGGGAUGGGAAACGGCAUCCGAAAACCCCUCAGAACCCUGUUAAACUGGAUCAACAGGGAUAAGCGGGGGGUCGGAGACCCUCAGGGAGGGAGCGCAUUGAGACGGGGGGGAGUGUUGUGUUUGAAGAAGAUCCGUCACUAACUACAAAUAUAUGGCUCGAUCGGAGAUCACGUUGACGGCAUUUGGAUGAGUUUAGCGCAACACAAAGACACAAAGCUUUCUGUCUUCCACACCCCCUCUUGUAAUGCUUUGCCAAUGACAGCGGUGACCAUGGCAACCGCGCCAAUGCCACACACACACACACACAGAUCCACAUGCACUCAGAAUAAGGACUAUUGCACAUCGGUUUAAACUCUGGAUCCAUGUUAGACGUGGGUUUUGCUGAGGCCGCCUGUAUAUUUAUUCAGUUCACCUUCCGCUACUCCGGCAAGCGUUACGCCCCUCUUGAAAAUGCAGGAUGACGUCCCGUGGAGAAGUCGAGCGUGCGAAACACCGCGCACAACGUCACAGUGCCUGAACUUUCAGAUGGACAAUCUGGGAGUCCAAAGGGGUUUUGUAUGAAUGCAUAAACACCUUGUUCAUGCUGCUUAUAUUUGGAUUCAGUUUAGGUGUUCCACAAAUUGGUUCAAAGUUUUUGUUUUUUUCUUUCUUUCUAUAUAAGCCUUUUUGUUUAUUUUGUCAAACUGACAGAAUUGUACUAUUUUUUUUUUUUUGAAGAUUUAUACUGUGUCCUAAGCAGACGCAAUGCGAUAAGAUUCCAGCGACAAGCAAUUUGUUUGUCCUCACAUACACGACUACGAGACGCGACAAAAUCCAUUAAAAUCACAGCCAGUCAGAAGAGUGUGUGGGCGGAGUCUCUCUGCAAGCGCACUGCACUCGCAACUAAAUCUACCAAAAAUCACAGCCAAUCAGAAGACUGUGUGGGCGGAGUCUCUCUGUAAGCGCACUGCACUCGCGACUAAAUAAAUCAAAAAAUCACAGCCAAUCAGAAGAGCAUGUGGGCGGAGUCUCUCUGCAAGCGCACUGCACUCGCAACUAAAUCUACCAAAAAUCACAGCCAAUCAGAAGACUGUGUGGGCGGAGUCUCUCUGUAAGCGCACUGCACUCGCGACUAAAUAAAUCAAAAAAUCACAGCCAAUCAGAAGAGCAUGUGGGCGGAGUCUCUCUGCAAGCGCACUGCACUCGCAACUAAAUCUAUCAAAAAUCACAGCCAAUCAGAAGACUGUGUGGGCGGAGUCUCUCUGCAGGCGCACUGCACUCGCAACUAAAUAAAUCAAAAAUCACAGCCAAUCAGAAGAGCAUGUGGGCGGAGUCUCUCUGCAAGCGCACUGCACUCGCAACUAAAUCUAUCAAAAAUCACAGCCAAUCAGAAGACUGUGUGGGCGGAGUCUCUCUGCAGGCGCACUGCACUCGCGACUAAAUAAAUCAAAAAUCACAGCCAAUCAGAAGAGUGUGUGGGUGGAGUCUCUCUGCACUCACAACCAAAUCUAUCAAAAAUCACAGCCAAUCCGAAGGGAUUGUGGGUGGAGUCUCUCUGCAAGCGCACAGCACUUGCAACCAAAUGGAUAAGCACAUAAUCAAAUUCAUAAAUAUUACACCUUUUAAACAUUUAAAGAAACAAACUAAGUGACUGAAAUAAUCUUUGUCAUAGAAUACACUUGUUUGUUCACAAUUCCCUUUAAUUUAUCUUCAAGAUCAAUUAUUCUCCUUCGCUUUCAGUACGGCUAUAAAGGUCACACAAAAUGAUAUUCAAACUCAAAUUAAAUUAAUUUAACGUUAAAUAAAGCACAUAAUCAGUACCUGAGAUUAUCAUUGUCAGAUUGUAUGUUGUUGUUCCAGUGUGACGUCGCCGAAAUAGAAACCGUUUCUAAAAUAGAAUUGCUGCAAAUUGCGGCUGGUUAGGACAAAAUCUCUGAUUAACAUGGAAAAGAUACCUUUUAUCACACAUCGCGUCACGUCUGGUUAGGACACGGUGUUAAAUCCAAUGCCACAAACAGCUCUGUCAGGUUUUCUUACGAGUCUUACUAGUGUAAUGCCAUGUCAGCAGCCAUGUUCACACUGCAGCUAAUUCGGAUGUCACUCCACUUCUGACUGCUGAAUCUUCUGAGUUUGUUUAUUUGGAAGUGACAUGCGUUUUGCAUCUGAAAAGUGCAGACAGCCGCUUUUACAAAUUAAUCUGACUAGUAACUAGUUAUUAAUGCAGUGAUAUCACUUUUUUUGGAGACUGACUGCUUGUCUAAUAACAAACAUGGAGAUCAGUUUACGGUAAAAUUUGUGAAUGUUAGCACAUUGUUUGCGUUCUUUAAAACCCCAAACAUCCAUUUCUCUUGUCGUCAGUCAUGAGACGCCCAGUGUUGUUUCAGUGUUUUCGUGGUUAGUAUGUAUUUCUGGAAUCACACACUCAAUGACUCGAGAUAUUUAACACUAGUUUUGAAUUUACUCUCAAUGUAGAUGGAAGAAAAAAUCAAUGAAACACCUGAAAAUGCUUGAUUAGGAGAGAACGUCAUCCAUUCAGAGCUUUGGUUCGAGUUUUGAGAACGUCUUCCAUUGAUUUUUUUUUUUUUUUUUUUUUUUUUUUUUUUU